AUUUCUCUCUUUGCUUAAAAGCAAUUUUUUAGCUCUCAUUUUCAUAUGAACACUUUUAAUUACUCUAAAUUUCUGAGACAGUGUUCAUUCUUUCAAUCCCCAAGAUGAAAAGAUUUGACCUUUUCUGCAAAUCCAGAGCUUCCACGGCGGUUCGUUCAAGCUUUGGCUGCCGUCCGGUCGCCGGAGAUGUCAAUUCCGGCGAUUGGAGAAAAGGGCAGCUUCAUUUUGAAAAGCCCAGAAAGAGUACGAGUGUUUCCUCUGUGAAUCGAAAGAAUCAUAUCGAUUUACGAAGAAAAAGCUGUGCGGAUAUGGAUGAUUUGAAGAACAGCUCUGUUUCUGGUUCUUCUUCUCGUUAUCUGUUGGGCGAUUCGCCGUUUAUUAACUGUCUUCCGGCAACCGCCGUCGAGGAUUUUUCUCAGGCUCCGGCGAUGAUGAGCCAUGGUUCUAAGAAAGCUUCUUCGUUGAGUCGUUCGUUAAGUGUCCAUGAAUCUCCUUCCUCUGUUCUUGAAUCCCCUGUUCUGAAAACUUCUUCUUCAGCUCACUCUCGUGUGGUGGUUUUGAAGGUGUCAUUGAACUGCAAAGGCUGCGAAAAGAAGGUGAAAAGGCAUAUCUCCAAGAUGGAAGGAGUGAUAUCAUAUAGUGUGGAUUUCACGACAAAGAAAGUGACCAUAAUUGGGGAUGUGAGGCCUGUGGAUGUGCUGGCCAGUGUGUCCAAAGUUAAGCAUGCAGAGCUCUGGCCAUCGCCAAGUUUUUCUUCUUCGUCUUCUUCUUUAACGCCACAAUGUUCAUCAUCAUCAACAACAAGAACAUUCUAAUUAAUCAAAGCAAAAAUCCCAUCUGGGGUUCGUUUGUAUGUAAAUUUUAUUGUUUUUUCUGUGAUGAAGUUGUUUCUGUACUCUUGCAUGUCCCUGUUUAGAUUUGAGAAUAAAAGAAAAAGUAUUGGCACAUUGUUCUUGAGAUUAAA